AUGUCAGCCUACUCCAGGGAAAAACAUAAAUUGGUGGAGCAUGGGGAGGUAAACAAUGAAGAAAAUGAAGCUUAUUCAUCUACUCCAAAAAUUCUGCGAGAGAGACCUACUAAGAAACUGAAAAAAUUAUCGGUAGUGAUAAAAUCACAGUCCCAGACUCAAGAGGUAGUUGUUGAGUCGAAGAUACCUAGAGCUAUAUCUGCAUGCAGGCGAUGUCGCAGUAAGAAGAUCAAAUGUGAUCAAAAAUUCCCAAAGUGUGGUAAAUGUGCCAUGCAUAAUGUUGAAUGUAUUGGAGUUGAUACUGCUACUGGAAGAGAGAUACCAAGAAGUUAUAUUGUGCAUUUAGAGGAGCGAGUUAGACAAUUGGAGGAACAGUUGAAUAGAGAAAGAGGCGGUUGUGUAGAAGAAGAUCCAAGAGAAACAAGCAGUACGAAUGAGUGUGGUAGUGGUAGUACCGAGGGAAUUUAUUUCAAUCUGAAUCGAGCGGACAAUGAUAGUAUAUCGUUCCUGAAGUUGAUGUCUACUGCAUUCAAAGUUCAAAGAAUAAACGAAAAGAAAAAUAACAUUGUUGAUGAGGUCGUACAACAACAACAACAACAACAACAACAACAACAACCGCCACUAGCACCACCACCACCACCAGCACUACAGCAUCAACACCAUCAUCAAAAUAAUAUUUCAGAUGAAGAAGGUGCUGCAGUAUUACCACCAAAGACUACUGCAUUGCUUUUUUGUCAGAUAUUUUUCCAUCAGUGUAAUCCUCAAACUGCCAUAUUUCAUAGAGAGGAAUUCAUUCGAGAUGUUUUUAUACCCAUUUAUGGACCGGUACCAAAGGAACAAUUCAACCUUGGCAGUAAUGACGGUGCUAUUAAUGAGUUCUUUUGGAAGGGCUAUAUAGAAAAAGAGAAGGAGGAGGAUGCCUCAAAUUAUUGGUUUAACUUAUACAAGAAUCAAUUUCUGCACAUGAUCUCAUUGAGCACUGACAAGAAUCCCGAUAUCAAGAAGAUUUCAAAUAGCAUUGUGCCCCCCAAAAGGUACCACAAACCCUUGUACUUUUUGAAUAUAGUCUUUGCCAUUGCUACUUCAGUUUACCACUUACGUUACCCAUCAGAUAUUUCAGAAUCAUUUAGAUUAGCAGCAAUGAACUAUUAUGAUGAAGUGAGGAAUGGCUCUGACCAAUUGAUGGCUUUACAGGGAAUAUUGCUAUAUGCUUUCUACUCCAUCAUGCGACCCACUAACCCUGGAGUAUGGUACAUCAUGGGAGAAGCAUUACGGAUGUGCGUUGAUUUGGAUUUGCAAAAUGAACUUAAAACGAAAUCUAAGCAAAAUGUUAACAUUGAUCCAUACACUCGCGAUAAAAGAAGAAGGAUUUUUUGGUGUACUUAUUGCAUUGAUCGCCAGAUUUGUUUUUACUUUGACAGGCCAUUUGGAAUACCCGACGAAAGCAUCAAUACACCAUUGCCCACAAUCUUAGAUGAUCUGAAACUUGUACCGAAUGACCACAUCACAAAGUACGCAAAUGAGCAUAACGGGGGUGUUGAAGGAGGAAAACCGGAAAUAGUUAGUUUUAAAACCGUUUUCAAUGCAUUUAUCGCAAUAAGGAAAAUUCAAAGUGAGGUAACAAAGAUCUUGUACACUGGUAGUGAAAUACCAAGACAAUAUGAGAAUUCGGAACAGUGGAAAACACAUAUCUUACUCAAGUUGAAUCUAUGGCUACAAAAUCUACCAACACCACAACAAAUGAACUGUGAUUUCAACCCAAUUUUUUUCAGACUAAACUAUAAUCAUACUUUGCUUUACAUACAUGGAUUAGGUCCAAAGAAUUUCAACUUAUCCCUGAAUGAUUUUCGGCAGGUAUCAAUUGCAUCGAAAGAAAUUAUUGAUUGUUAUACCGAGUUGUUUCUCACGAAAAGCAUAAACUACACAUGGGCAGCUGUUCACAAUUUGUUUAUGGCGGGGACUUCCUUUCUUUAUGCCGUGUAUAAUAGCGAGGAAAUUAGAAAAAUGAACCCAUUAGGCACAAUGAAAUAUUUUGUUUCAAAUUGUUUACAGAUUCUUCAAUCCUUGGAGGAUAAAUGUGACGCUGCAAGUUAUUGCUGUGAAAUUUUUCGUAAUUUGACGUUGGUUAUUAUUAAAUUGAAAUAUCGUAAUACCAAAGGGAGGAAGAAAAAAGAAGAAGAAGAAGAAGAUGAUGAUGAUGAAGGAGAAGAAGCAGGAGUAUCAGUAGAAGAAGAAGAAGUAGUAGGAAAAGGAGAAGGAAAAGGUUUGAAAAUAAGCCGAGAAUCCCUAUACAGAAUAAACAACGGAAAUGUCCAUUUCAAUUUGUUUUCUUUAGUGACCGAAUUGGACAGUUUGAAUCCAUUAAACUCUCCAAAAAAAACCCAAGAAGAUGUUUUUAAUGGCCAACAAGCUCAGCAUCUUGAUGGUCAUAGCAGAGGGAAAUUUGAUGCUGUAGCGACGGCUACGGCUACGGCUACAGCACUAGAUACGUUAUCCACAGUUGCCACAUCACCAUAUCCGAGACUUGAUAAACUAGAAUGGAAUGAUAGUGAUUUGGAAUAUUUUCUUAAAGAAUUAGAUCAUUAUCCCCUGCUGGAAAGAUCAAGUCCAGCAAUUUCUAAAGAAGGUAAAAUGACGUUUGAAUUGAUGCAUAAUAUGCCUAAUGAGAAAAUAUGGGAUGAGUUUUUCACUUUAAAGUACUAA